GCGGAGCGGUCGCGGGCACGCACGCACGCACGCACGCACGCACGCAGUGCUUCUCUCGCGCCGCCGCGGCCGCUCCCGCGUACACCGGCACCGCCGUCCACUGAGCCGGGAUGCUGCGGGCCUGUCAGCUGUCUGGCGUGGGCGCCGCCGCCCAGACCUGUCUCUGUGGAAAGCUUGUCCUCCGUCCCUUGCGACCAUGCCGUAGAUACUCGACCUCCAGCAGUUCUGGGUUGACUGCUGGCAAAAUCGCUGGAGCUGGCCUUUUGUUUGUUGGUGGUGGUGUUGGUGGUACUAUCUUAUAUGCCAAGUGGGAUUCCCACUUCCGAGAAAGUGUAGAGAAAACCAUACCUUACUCAGACAGACUCUUUGAGAUGGUUCUUGGUUCUGCACCUUAUAAUGUUCCAUUGCCAAAGAAGCCGAUUCAGUCCGGCCCUCUAAAAAUCUCUAGUGUGUCAGAGGUCACGGAAGAAUCCAGACAGCCUGCCUCACGGCUCCAGAAGCAGAAGGAAGACGCUCCAGCCUCAGCAGCAGCAUCUACAGAGGCAGCUCAAAUUAUUUCUGCAGCAGGUGAUACUCUUUCCGUCCCAGCCCCUGCGGUUCAGCAUGAGGAAUCUGUAAAAACUGAUCGCCCUGAAAUUGGUGAAGGAAAACCCACACCUGAAACCUCAGAGGAAGCACCCUCAUCCUCUGUAAGGGAGCGACCACCCGAAGAAGUCGCCGCUCGCCUGGCUCAGCAGGAAGAGCAGGAGCAAGUUGAGAUUGAGUCUCUAGCCAGGAGCUUAGAAGAGGCUCUGAGCCACACUGCUUCCGUCGCUCUGCAGGCCGUAGCGGCCCAGAACGCUGCCGUCCAGGCUGUGAACGCACACGCCAGCACCCUGAAGGCAGCCAUGGACAGCGCUGAGAUUGCAGGUGAGAAGAAGUCUGCUCAGUGGCGCACGGUGGAGGGCGCCCUGAAGGAGCGCAGAAAGGCUGUGGAUGAAGCUGCCGAUGCCCUUCUCAAAGCCAAAGAGGAGUUGGAAAAGAUGAAAAGUGUCAUUGAAAAGGCAAAGAGGAAAGAGAUCGCUGGGGCCAAGCCUCACAUAACAGCUGCAGAGGGGAAGCUUCACAGUGUGAUAGUCGAGCUGGAUAACGUGGUAAAAAAGGUCCAAGCUGCUCAGUCUGAGGCCAAGGUUGUAUCUCAGUACCAUGAGCUGGUGGUCCAAGCCCGGGAUGACUUCAGACGAGAGCUGGACAGUAUUACUCCAGACGUCCUUCCUGGGUGGAAAGGAUUGAGUAUUUCUGACCUAGCUGACAAGCUGACUACUGAUGACCUGAACUCUCUGAUCGCGCAUGCACAUCGUCGCAUUGACCAGCUAAAUAGAGAGCUAGCAGAGCAGAAAGCUACAGAGAAGCAGCAUAUUGCAUUAGCCUUGGAGAAACAGAAGCUGGAAGAAAAGCGGGCAUUUGAUUCUGCAGUGGCGAAAGCAUUAGAACAUCACAGAAGCGAGAUACAGGCUGAACAGGACAGAAAGGUAGAGGAAGUCAGAGAUGCUAUGGAGAAUGAAAUGAGGACCCAGCUCCGCCGCCAGGCGGCUGCCCACACUGACCACUUGCGAGAUGUCCUUAAGGUGCAGGAACAAGAGCUGAAGUAUGAAUUUGAGCAGGACCUGUCUGAGAAACUCUCUGAACAAGAACUGGAGUUCCGUCGACUCAGUCAAGAGCAGGUCGACAACUUCACUCUGGACAUAAACACGGCCUACGCCAGACUGAGAGGACUCGAGCAGGCUGUGCAGAGCCAUGCGGUUGCUGAGGAAGAAGCCAGAAGAGCCCACCAGCUCUGGCUUUCGGUGGAGGCCUUAAAGUACAGCAUGAAGACCUCUUCUGCGGACACACCCACCAUCCCACUGGGCACUGCAGUGGAGGCCAUCAAAGUCAACUGCUCCGAUAAUGAAUUUGCCCAAGCCUUAACUGCAGCCAUCCCCCCAGAGUCCCUGACCAGAGGGGUCUACAGUGAAGAGACCCUGAGGGCUCGUUUCUACACUGUCCAGAAACAAGCCCGCAGAGUGGCGAUGGUUGAUGAGACCAGAAAUAGCUUGUACCAGUACUUCCUGUCCUACCUGCAGUCGCUGCUCCUGUUCCCUCCCCAGCAGCUGAAGCCUCCAGCAGAGCUCUACCCUGAGGACAUGAGCACCUUUAAAUUGCUCUCCUAUGCCUCCUAUUGCAUUGAGCAUGGCGACCUGGAGCUGGCGGCCAAGUUUGUCAAUCAGCUGAAAGGGGAGUCCCGACGGGUGGCCCAGGACUGGCUGAAGGAAGCCCGAAUGACCCUAGAGACAAAGCAGAUAGUGGAGAUCCUGACGGCGUACGCCAGUGCCGUGGGAAUAGGAACCACUCAGGUGCAGCAGGAGUGAGGCCUGGAGUCAGGCAAGGGCACGGGCACCGUUCGCGCGGGAGACCAGCAGCCAUAGGCCAAGGGUUUGCAGCGAGGGCCCCCGAUUGUCUAAAACCUGCUCCGAGCCCUGCUCCGAGCCCUGGCGCCUGUGGCACCCACCCUCGUUCCACUCUAUCAUGUCACUGAACUCCAGGAGUGCUUCCUUGCGACUUGUGUAACAUGUCCUAUUUUUCAGGUUUUACUGAUCAGGCUUGUGAGCCAGUCCAAUGAUGUUUGUGAUCCUUACUAUUGAUUCUGCCCUUGGAGCAAACUGAAUAAAGCAACACAGUGAAUA